AUAUAUAUGGUCGGUGACUUGCUUGUUACAUACAUUUUUCUACCCUUUAAAUAUAAUCCCAAGUUUGAAUAGUGCGGUUUCGUCGCAGUUCAGAUAGUCAGUUUGGAUUGGAUUAACACAAGUCUGCUACUGGUUCUAUUCUGCGGAGGAAGAAUGUUCGGAAGCAAUCCCUUUGGGCAAUCAUCUAGUGCAUUUGGGUCACAACCAGUUUUUGGGCAAGCCAGUAAUGCUAGUAGCAAUCCAUUUGCUCCUAAACCCUUUGGCAGUACAAGCCCUUUUGGUUCACAGACUGGGGGUUCUAUUUUUGGUGGCACAUCUACUGGUGUGUUUGGUGCCCAAUCUUCUUCUCCUUUAGGUUCAACUUCAGUGUUUGGUGCUUCUUCGUCCCCUGCUUUUGGAAGUUCAAUGCCUGCUUUUGGAGCUUCUUCAACACCUGCUUUUGGUAGCUCAUCAUCAGCAUUUGCGGUAAGUUCUUCUGUGUUUGGGCAGAAGCCUGCCUUUGGUGGCUUUGGAUCAAGUACUACUCAAACUAGUCCAUUUGGAAGCUCAUUUCAACAAUCACAACCGGCAUUUGGAAGCAAUCUAUUCGGUUCAUCUAUGCCUUUUGGAACGCCAAGUCAACCUGCAUUUGGUUCCACUAGCACUCCUGCAUUUGGUUCAUCAAGCACUCCUGCAUUUGGUGCCAUGACCGCACCGUCGUUUGGUGCUACAAGUACUCCUGCCUUUGGUUCUACGACAAGCCCAACAUUUGGUGGCACAGGCGUUGGAUUUGGUCUGUCAAGUUCCCCUGUUUUUGGAUCAACCACUCCAGCAUUUGGUGCUUCAUCUAGUCCAGCUUUUGGUGCCUCAACUGCUCCUGCUUUUGGUGCGGCUAGUACUCCCAAUUUUAGCUUUGGGUCUAGUCCUGCGUUUGGCAGUAGCCCAUUUGGAUCUACAGCAUCAGCCUUUGGAGCUCAAACCGCUCCUUUUGGAGCUCAAGCUACGACCCCGACUUUUGGGAACUCUGGUUUUGGGCAGUCUGCUUUCGGAGGUCAACAACGUGGGGGGACUAGGGUGGCUACUUACACCCCGACACCUGAGGUAGAUGGUGGUAGUGGUACACAGUCAGCUAGUAAGCUUGAAUCUAUUUCAGCCAUGCCCGUCUACAAAGAUAAAAGCCACGAAGAACUUAGAUGGGAGGACUACCAGUUGGGAGACAAAGGAGGGCCAGCUCCAGCCAGUCAGUCUACAGGUGCAAUUGGCUUUGGCAGUUCAGGCUUUGGAUCCUCAUCCACUCCUGCAUUUGGUCAGUCAUCUGCGAAUCCUUUUUCAUCCUCAACAUCUUCUAACCCAUUUGCUUCAAAAACUCCAGCCUUUGGUAGCUCUGGUUUUGGAGCUUCAUCUGCGAAUCCUUUUUCAUCCUCAACAUCUUCUAACCUAUUUGCUUCAAAAACUCCAGCCUUUGGUAGCUCUGGUUUUGGAGCUUCAUCUGCGAAUCCUUUUUCAUCCUCAACAUCUUCUAACCCAUUUGCUUCAAAAACUCCAGCCUUUGGUACCUCUGGUUUUGGAGCUUCAUCUGCGAAUCCUUUUUCAUCCUCAACAUCUUCUAACCCAUUUGCUUCAAAAACUCCAGCCUUUGGUAGCUCUGGUUUUGGAGCUUCAUCUGCGAAUCCUUUUUCAUCCUCAACAUCUUCUAACCCAUUUGCUUCAAAAACUCCAGCCUUUGGUAGCUCUGGUUUUGGAGCUUCAUCUGCGACUUCAUUUAGUUCUCCACCUUUUGGAGCAUCGACUACUUCUAACCUUUUUGGUUCAUCAUCAUCCUCCAUUUUUGGCUCCUCAACUUCAGCAUUUGGAGCCAGUACCUCCCCCUCUCUGUUCGGCUCCUCAAGCUUAUCUGCUUUUGGAUCUUCAACAUCUAUCUUUGGCACUUCAUCUGCACAGGGAACUGCCCCAUCAUUUAGCUCCGGCUUAAAUUUUGGCAACACUCAGUCCUCCACACCUUUCCAGUCGGCGGUACUGUCACUUGGACAGACUAGUUCUGCUUUUGGACAGACAACUUCAGCCUUUGGGCAAACCACCCCAGCAUUUGGUCAAUCAAAUUUAUUUAGUACACCUUCUACUGGCUUUGGUGGGAAUCCAUUCUCAAGCACUCCAUCGUUGCUAAACACCAGCAACCCUGUAGGAUUUGGUCAAACAACUCCAUCUCUUUCCACGCCUUUUCUACCUUCACAGCCAACUCAGAGUGCUGGAGGUUUUGGCUUUGGCAACUUUGGACAGCUACAAACAGCUAGUGCCAAUGUCUUUGGCGGCACAUCAAGUAUCUUUGGCCACGGCACGGUUGGGCAACCGUCAGGUACUCAAAGCUCUGCGGUUGCUCAAUCUGCUCUUGCUACAAAUCCUUUUGGAACCCUGCCAGCGAUGCCCCAGAUAUCAAUUGGCCGCACAGACACUUCUCCUUCUAUCCAGUAUGGAAUUUCCAGCUUGCCAGUUGUUGACAAACCAGUGCCUAUCAGAAUAUCGUCUUUUUUGACGUCUCGACACCUUUCUCAUAGGUGUAUUAGAUUACCUGCAAGGAAAUAUCACCCUAAAAAUGAUGGUCCGAAGGUGCCAUUUUUUAGUGAUGAUGAGGAGACACCCAGCACGCCAAAGGCAGAUGCUCUUUAUAUUCCCAGGGAGAACCCAAGAUCUUUAGAAAUUCGUCCAUUGGAACAGAUAUCCUCUAGAGCAAGCUCAGAGAAAAGAUCCCCAUCAAACCCCAAGGCUACUACUCCUGUACAUGAGAAUGGUAAACAGUUGUAGCAUUCUAUAUCUAAUGAGAUGUGCUAGACUUUGUGCUCUUUGAUACGUGGAAUGAUUUAGGAAUAUCGCUAAAAUAAUUACAGAUGCUACCUCUAAGAUUAGUCCACUUAGAAGUUGUUGGACACCUCAAGAGAGCCGAAGCGCCUCAUGGUAGCUGGUUACGAUUCAUUUUCCCUUUUUUUAUUGAGAUUAUAAUUAGUACAAAGGCUGAAUUUUUUU